UCAUGGGCUACAUGUACUCCGCCAUCUCGGCUCCCAUGUUGUGUACAUUGAACGAAACAUAGAGGCAGAGAGAAAGGGAGAAGGAAUAUGUACAUCCGAUCAGAGUAUCAAACUACUCAGUUACACCACAACCGCUUAGCAGCUUUCGUUCAUGCAUCUGGCAUUAUUUUUCCUUUGGGUGUUAAAGAGGUUUGGUGGUGUCAUGGACUCAUGUGAGCCUUUAUGAUUAAUGGAUGUUUGGUGGGCUCAUGUGUAACAUGAUCACAUUGUGUUGUUAGACCAACUCACACUUCCACAAUUAUUCUGAUUACUAAUCAGCCUUGGCACGAUUAUUUUUGAAUGCGAGAGAGAGGGGUGGGUAGAUCUAAUUUGGUGGCUUGUGGAAAGGGGUUUAUAAGGAGUUGUGCCUCCCUCUGCUUAAGCAGCUUCUCUUUGCAUACAAGAGGUUGCCUCCAUCUCUUCUCUAGUAGUACUCCCCUCAAGAUCUUCCUGAAAUUCUUGAGAUCUGAUUAGACAGUAAGCUGACGAGAUGGUGAAGAUCUGUUGCAUUGGAGCUGGCUAUGUUGGUGGCCCAACAAUGGCCGUCAUUGCCCUCAAGUGCCCGGAUAUUGAGGUUGUUGUUGUUGACAUAUCCAAGCCUCGCAUUGAAGCAUGGAACAGUGACCAACUCCCGAUCUACGAGCCUGGCCUCGAUGACGUCGUGAAACAGUGCAGGGGAAGGAACCUCUUCUUCAGCACUGAUGUUGAGAAACAUGUUGCUGAGGCAGACAUUAUCUUCGUCUCGGUGAACACUCCCACCAAGACCCGUGGGCUUGGAGCAGGCAAGGCUGCCGACCUCACGUACUGGGAGAGUGCUGCUCGUAUGAUUGCUGAUGUCUCCAAGUCCGACAAGAUUGUCGUUGAGAAGUCUACGGUCCCUGUCAAGACAGCAGAGGCUAUUGAAAAGAUUUUGACUCACAACAGCAAGGGCAUCAACUACCAGAUUCUCUCAAACCCAGAGUUCCUUGCAGAGGGCACUGCGAUUGAGGACCUGUUCAAGCCUGACAGAGUGCUCAUCGGUGGCCGGGAGAACCCUGAGGGCAGGAAGGCUGUUCAGGCUCUCAAGGAUGUGUAUGCUCACUGGGUUCCUGAGGACAGGAUCCUCACCACCAACCUGUGGUCUGCUGAGCUCUCCAAGCUCGCCGCGAAUGCAUUCUUGGCGCAGAGGAUCUCCUCUGUGAAUGCCAUCUCUGCACUCUGCGAGGCCACUGGUGCCAAUGUAUCUGAGGUUGCCUAUGCCGUUGGGAAGGACUCAAGGAUUGGCCCCAAGUUCUUGAACGCCAGUGUUGGCUUUGGUGGGUCCUGCUUCCAGAAGGACAUCUUGAACCUGGUGUACAUCUGUGAGUGCAAUGGCCUCCCCGAGGUGGCCAACUACUGGAAGCAGGUCAUCAAGAUCAACGACUACCAGAAGAGCCGGUUUGUCAACCGUGUUGUGUCCUCCAUGUUCAACACUGUUGCUGGCAAGAAGAUCGCCGUUCUUGGUUUUGCCUUCAAGAAAGACACCGGUGACACCAGGGAGACCCCGGCGAUUGAUGUAUGCAAGGGCCUGCUGGGUGACAAGGCUCAGAUCAGCAUCUAUGAUCCCCAGGUCACUGAGGAUCAAAUCCAGCGGGACCUCGCCAUGAACAAGUUCGACUGGGACCACCCGAUGCACCUGCAGCCGACAAGCCCCACUGCUGUGAAGCAGGUGAGAGUGGUCUGGGAUGCAUACGAGGCCACCAAGGGUGCCCAUGGCCUCUGCAUCCUCACCGAGUGGGACGAGUUCAAGACCUUGGACUACCAUAAGAUCUUCGACCAAAUGCAGAAGCCAGCCUUUGUCUUCGACGGGCGCAACAUCAUUGACGCCGAGAAGCUCAGGGAGAUUGGCUUCAUCGUCUACUCCAUUGGCAAGCCGCUUGAUGCAUGGCUCAAGGACAUGCCCGCGGUUGCUUAAUCCUCCAUAUUCUCAUCAGACUAAUGCCACUGGAGCCGCAGGAAUUCUAUCAGGAAGAGGAAUUGGUUGACCAUUCUUUAUAGUCUGUUUUAGCUCCAGGCACUAUGAUUUUCUCUUAGGCAUAAGAAAUGUACGAUGUUAGUAUCUCUGUUUCGCAGUAUCUGUUUUCAUGUUCACAAUAUCUGUAGCCCAGUGGCUUGAUGUAUUUAUCUUCAUCCAUCCUUGUUUUUCCCAUUUA